AUGGCGUUGCAAGAUCAAACUAAACUGAAGCAGAGCCUUAUUUCACUGAGCAAGUCCCAUGGGGGACAGUUGCCGCUAGACAAAGCUGUCCUAGAAGCCCUACCGCCAGGGACGACGCAAGCAAGGGCGCAGGCCUAUGGACUAGCAUCCGCUUGGUCCUUCACUGCUAGGAUCAACGCUCUCGAUGGAAGCAAACAGUCCGUGUCAUACUUUCUCAAAUAUGUUGCAGGCGACCUGGGCAAAAAUCAGUUGGAGGGUGAGUUUGUUGGCAUGACAGAGUUACACCAAUUGCAGCCAGAACUAGUACCCAAGCCCAUAGCUCGUGGCCGGCUCAAGAACGCAAAUGUCCCGGCAUAUUUUCUCUUGAUCGAGUUUAUUGAUUUCAUUCCUGGACUUCCCGAUCCUGUGAAAUUGGGAGCUCGACUCGCGGCAUUGCACGCGAAAAGCAAAGCUCCGAAUGGCCGCUUUGGAUUUCAUUUACAAACAUAUGACGGGGCAAGACUUCAAGCAGUUGCGCCGACCAAAAGCUGGACAUCAUUCUUUGGUACACUUCUCGCUGAAGCCUACCGACAAGAUACCGAGACCAACGGCAUCUGGCCAGAAUUGGAAAUUGUUCACAAAAGGGUGCAGAGCCAUCUCAUACCUCGCUUGAUCGGAGCUCUUGAAGCCGAGGGGAGAUCAGUCAAGCCUACCUUGAUCCAUGGCGACCUCUGGGAUGGGAAUGUAGGCGUCCAGGCAAACACGGGAGAUCCGUGGAUGAUCGUGAAAUUCGACUGCGCCGUCUACUAUGCUCACAAUGAAAUGGAAAUCGGUACAUGGCGCGCCGAACGCCAUCAACUAAAUGCUGAAGUGUAUCGUAUGGAGUAUCUGAAAAACUACGAGGCGAGUGAGCCCAAGGGCGAAUGGGACGAUCGAAACCUCCUCUACAGCACCAAGACGAACUUUAUGCAUUCUGCGUGUUUCGCAGGCUCACCUGCACGAAAAUCUGCAUUUGAAAAUAUGCUCCAGCUUGUCCAGAAAUACGUGCCGUGGGAAGAGGAUUCCGAGGAAUGGCAACGGAUAAGAUGCUCAGUCGCAUCGCUGGGUCAUUGCGUUGGCCAAGUUGAUUGA